GCCCAGAAACCCCCGCGACACCUCAACUUACAGAACUGGCUUCUUGGGCUUCGGGAGUGUUUCCCAUUUAAACAAACAGUGCCGAAGAUGGCGGAGAGUUAAUGGUGAAAAGAAGAAAUUAUCGAUCCGGUAGAGAGCUACGUCCACAAGACUCCAUUGACCAACCCACUUAGGACCACACCCCCAGAGUGAAGGGGAAGGGGAGAUCUGAUCAUCCAUCAUCUAGGCGCCAUCACAAGGUGCUGAUAUGUGUACACGAUGAGUGGAUUGGGGGAGAACUCCAUGGAGCCUCUGAGCUCAGAAAACCGGAAACGCAAGCUCUCCACUUGCGACACGCCUGGUCUGGGGUGUGAGAGGAAGCGUCGGGAGCAGGAGAGCAAAUACAUAGAGGAGCUGGCAGAGCUGAUCUCUGCCAACCUCAGCGACAUCGACAGUUUCAACGUCAAACCAGACAAAUGUGCCAUCCUCAAAGAGACAGUGCGCCAGAUCCGCCAGAUCAAAGAGCAGGGAAAAGCUUCAUCCAACGAUGACGACGUUCAGAAAUCAGACGUGUCCUCAACAGGUCAGGGGGUCAUCGACAAGGACCACCUGGGGCCGCUCCUGCUGCAGGCGCUGGACGGAUUCCUGUUUGUGGUGAACCGGGAGGGCAGCAUCGUGUUUGUGUCAGAUAACGUGACGCAGUACCUGCAGUACAAACAGGAGGAGCUCAUCAACACCAGCGUGUACAACAUUCUCCACGAGGACGACAGGGAGGAGUUUCAUAAGAACCUGCCCAAGACCAACAUAAAUGGGGUGUCGUGGGGAAGCGAGGCGGCCCGACAGAAGAGUCACACCUUCACUUGCCGGAUGCUGGUCAAGUUUGGCCACGUCCACGGCCCCAUGGACGAGGGGCCAGCUGGGCCACGCUACGAGACCAUGCAGUGUUUUGCUCUUACCCAGCCCAAGGCCAUGAUUGAGGAGGGGGAAGACCUGCAGUCAUGUAUGAUCUGUGUGGCCCGUAGGGUGACAGCUAUGGAGAGAACGGAGAGUUUCAAUACCCGGCAUGAGCUCUCAGGUAAACUGAUCCAGAUUGACCAGAACUCUCUGCGAGCGUCAAUGCGUCCAGGGUGGGAGGAUUUGUUGAGGCGUUGCAUUCAGAUGUUCCUGCAGCACAGUGAUGGGCAGCCGUGGUCACACAAACGCCACUACCAUGAGGCCUUUCUGCAGGGUCACGCUGAGACGCCCCUGUACCGCUUCUCUCUGUCCGACGGCACUCCAGUCACAGCCCAGACCAAGAGCAAGCUCUACCGUCACCCCAUGAGCAACGAGCCGCAAGGCUUCAUCUCCACUCACCUACUACAGAGAGAACCAAACGGUUACCGCUCUGCUCAGGGUGCGAGCAUGAUGCCGAAUACUAUGAGACAACAGGGCAUGGGAGGCCCCAACCCAAAUGCCCAAAUGAACAUGAACACCAGUGGGGGGAUGGGAAUGGGGGGCAUGGGCAGCAUGAACAGGGGCUUCAGCAUGAAUGAGCAGGGCCACAUGGGUCACAUGGGUCCAAUGGGAGGCAGCUCUAUGUAUGGUGGAGGAGGAAGUGGAGGCGGAGGCAUGGGCAAUCGCAUGAUGCAGAUGAAUCAGAUGGGGCAGAUGAAUCAGGUGGGGCACAUGAAUCACCCAGGCCAAAGCAUGCCGCAGCACCCACAGCAGCCCCCGUUUCAGAGCAGUGGUGGGUUUGGGCUCAGUGGCAUGAACAGCCCUUCGGGGAGCCCCAGAAUGGGUGGCCCGCAGCAGGGACUCCUGAUGUCACCCCGGAACAGAGGGAGCCCAAAAAUGGGUGCCAACCAGUUCUCACCCGGAGGCAUACACUCUCCUAUGAGUGGCAUCGGCAGUGGGGGAGGAAGUGGAGGGAGCACUACCACCUUCUCCAGCAGCUCCCUAAACGCCCUACAAGCCAUCAGUGAAGGAGUAGGGAGCUCCCUCCCCUCCACCCUAACAUCCCCCUCACCAGCCCACAAACCAGACAGCUCUCCCAGCAUCCACUCCUCCUCCUCUUCCUCUCAGCCCAGCCAGCCUGCCAAACCAGGCCAAGAUGGCUCCAAAAGCCCAGCAGGAGGCUUAGGGCCUGGGCCUGGGCCUGGUGACCAUCACCACCCCAUGCAUCAUCACCACCAUCAUCAGCAUCCUCAGGCUGAGAGUUCUGGAGACCGACCAGACAGCCAGGCAGCUACAGCGACUAAAGAGUCUGGAGAGGGGAGCAAUGAGGCAGGGGUGGCAAGCGCCGAACCCCCUCGAAGGGUGCCAGACAGUAAGGGGCAUAAGAAGUUACUGCAGUUGCUGACUUCCCCAACUGAGGAGCUGGGAAUAGGUGGCAGCGGGCCAACAGGUCCCCCUGUACUACCCCCACCAACCAGUAGCAGUACUCCUGCCGGAUCAGACAGUAAGGACUCCGCUGGAGGCAUGACUAGCCCUUCGUCCACUGGGGUCUCCUCCUCUUCUUCAGCCAAUGCUAAUCCAGGCCAGGCGAGCGGGCCAGGGGGAGUGUCAACAUCGAUAUCGUCAGCCCACUACACAGGAUCACUGCAAGAGAAGCACAAGAUCCUCCACAAGCUUCUUCAAAAUGGUAAUACCCCGGAUGAAGUAGCUAAAAUCACAGCCGAGGCUACGGGAAAAGUGUCACUUGGGAGCCAGGAGGGCGGUGAGGUUGGGACAGGAGGAUCAGGGGCUGGGACUGGGCCUGGGUUGAUCACGGAGCCUAAGCAAGAGCAACAUAGCCCCAAGAAAGAGAAGACCCACGCCCUCCUCCACUACCUCCUCAAUAAGGAUGAUUCCAAAGAGCCAGUGGAUGUCAAGCCCAAACUCGAAGAGCUAGAAGGAAAGGGACCUCCAGGGGCCGCUGGCGGCCCUCCACGAAACGGCCCUGGAUCUGGGCCUGGCCCUGCACCCGAGCAUCCUGAGAGCAAGAUCAAGUCAGAACCACCUGAUGAUUUGCACAACCUGGAGUCUAUCCUGGGAGACCUGAGGGGUUCAAGCUCUGACUUUUACCCAGAUCAGGCCGGAGGUGGAGGGGCUAAUGACACAGGAACCAAACCUCAGGGUUGCCUUGACGACAGCCUGCAGGGGAGUCCAGGAAUGGGUCCGGGACCUCGGGGGGCCUUCCAGAGGGCUAUGUCCAUGGAUGGGAAGCCUCCUGGAGGGCCUGGAGGAGCAGCUAGACGCCCCAUGCUUAUCAAGCAGGAGAACAUGAUGGGCAGCCCAGACGGCUACCCUGGAAACAUGGGACCAAUGAAUAGGGGCAUGGUUCCCCAGAGGUCUCCCAUGGGGGGGUCAGGUGACUGGGGCAUGCCCCGCUCUAGUGCCAGUCCUGUGGGCUCAGCAGGACACCCGUCCAUGAUGCGCCCAGGCAUGGAGUACAACAAUGGCAAGGGCAUGAUGUCAGGACCCAUGGUCAGUCGCUCCAACAGCGUCCCGGGCACCAGGUCUAUGCUGCAGCAACAGCUCAUGGAUAUGGGAGGCUCUGCUGACAUGGGCAUGGGUAUGAGUCCCUUUAGCCAGCCGGGACAGCCCAACCAGUCCCCCUCCUGGCCGGAUACUAUGAUGGGUAUGGAGGGUAAUAGUAGACGGCAGUUCGGCAACACCUUGGAUGAUCUACUGGUGCCCCCUACCACCAGUGAGGGUCAGAGUGAUGAGCGGGCACUCCUGGACCAGCUGGACUCUCUGCUGAAUAACACAGAUGGAAUUGCUUUGGAGGAGAUAGACCGAGCCCUGGGCAUCCCAGACCUCGUCAGCCAGACUCAGGGGGCAGAGCAGCAGCUGGAGCCUUUUCCAGGACAGGACCCGUCCAUGGUGCUUGACCAGAAGCCUCUCUAUGGACAGGGCUAUCCCGGACCCACUGCCAUGCCGAUGCAGUCCGGCUAUGGAGGGAACCCCAUGCAGGGUCAGGCCCAGCAGGGGGGGUUUGGGCCGAUGCUCUCACAGAUGGGCCAAGGUGGCAGUUUCCCUGGUAUGGGUGGAAUGGGUGGCAUGGGGCACCCCCGUGCCAACAUGAUGAGACCGAGGAUGAUGAGUGCCAACAAGCCCAUGAGACUCCAGCUGCAACAGAGGCUGCAGGGACAGCAGUUCAUGAAUCAGACGCGGCAGGGCAUGGGCAUGAAGAUGGAGAACCCGGGAGGCAACCCUGGCAUGAGGCCUGGCAUGCAGCCCGGCAUGGGAGGACAGCCGGGCUUCCUCAAUGCUCAGAUGAUGGCUCAGCGCAGCAGGGAGAUGGUCACCAUGCAGAUGAGGAGGCAGCGCAUGAUGAUGCUGAUGCAGCAGCAGCAGCAGCAGCAGGCGGCAGCGGCGGCUGCUGCAGCUGCAGGAGGGUUCAGCCCCCCUCCAAAUGUCACGGCUCCGGGUGGCAUGGACAAUCCAAUGGGAGGGCCAAACAUGGGCCAGCCAGGCCCCCAGCAGUUUGGCUAUGGUGGGAACUAUGGCAUUGGACAGCAAGGAGACCCCUCGUUUGGCCCAUCAGCCGGCAGUCCUCCUAAUGCCAUGAUGCCAGGCCGCCUGGGGCCUCAAAACCCCAUGAUGCAACAGCACCCGCAGGGUGGUCCCAUGUAUCAGGGCGCAGAUAUGAAAGGCUGGUCGCAGGGAGGAAUGGGGCGCAACAGUUCAUACCCUCAGCAGCAGUUUGGGCAGCAGGGACCUCCAGGGCAGCAGCAGUUUGGGCAACAGGGGAAUCCAGGGCAGUAUGGAGGCAUGAUGAUGAACGGGGGCAUGCCGGCCAGCGGAGGAGGAGGACACAUGGGCCAGAUGGGAGGACAGAUGGGUAUGAACCCAAUGGUGAUGGGACGCAUGCCUAUGGGGCCUGAUCAGAAAUACUGCUGAACACCGUGACAGAAGCAUUUGUCUCACUGUGAUCUCCAUUUAGAGAUAGGACACGGCUGCAGCACUGGACUGUGUGGAGGAGCAGGUGGUGUGCGUCUUUUGUGUAGUGCUGCACUCCCACCAGACAGGGGAGUGAGCUUCCUUUCGGACUCGUGGCCAGUAAUGGCAGUCUGGCAGUCUGGAAAAUAGACAGACUGUCUUACGUACAUACACGAAAGCACACAGCGUUCACGAAAAUCAGAAACACUGUGACUCAUUUACACACGUAAAUACAUGAGGACUGUCAGACAGACAGCUCUGUGAUUCCUCUCGUAGACUGUAGUUUAAUAUUCCUCUCUUUACGAGCGGUGUGUGUGCCUCAGUAAACACACCGCUCGCUGGACCAAACAGUGAAGGUGGACAGACAUUUGAGCGGAUCACAGACUUGGACAAACGUGUGCAGACACCCUCUCCACUGUCGAAUGUACCAUGAAGCUGUGUUCAGAUUUGAAACGUGGGAUUCCCCUCUUGUCUCCGAACUCCGUGGGAUUUUUUUAAAAUCUGCCGUCUCCCUGCUGCUCCUGGAAGAUCUCUGCGACGUAGAGCAAACACGGUUUCCAGAUGACGAGCCAUCGGAUUGUGACACUCAGAUGAAUGUCAUUAAGCAGUAGCACAUUGUUUGGUCCUCCGAAGACGCCGCUGGGCUAAAGUACGACUGAAUUAUUUGUUGGCUGAUUGCACUUUAAGAAAAGGCCAACAUCAGAAGGAUUGUGGCAAUAUAGAGGCCUUUACCCAAGAAAUAAUGCAUAGCAGCAGACAUUUCCUGUUUAUUUUUGUGUGUGUGUUCUCCAAGUUUUCCUCUCUGAGAAAUGGGGGCUGUUGAUUGGAAAUGGGUAACCGUGAUGGUCUUUGCUCUAAAGUGGGAACCAGUAGAAAGGCAGUAAGCACAGAUUUUAUCCUCUCUUCUACAGUGUACCGAUUUAUUACAACAAGAGAAAUUCAUACUUUUUAAGUCAUUUUAAAAUCACUCUUGAAACAAACAGACUUCGAUUAAUGUUCAAAACUCCACUUAUAUUUAUACAGAUUCACGACGUGGUCAUUUUAUCAUUCCAGAGGUAAUUUUUAAAUCCAAAUGUUGCAGAUAUUUUGGUUACCUUGCACCAAUUUACAGUGUUACUAUAAGUGCAGAAAUGAAAUUGAUUCUCAAUGAUAAAAUUGAUGUCUGUAUUAGUGCACACUAAAAGAAAGUGUUAGAUUUCAGUGUAGGCGUGCAGAUUUCUAGCAAUAAUCCUUCCUCCUGGUUUUCCUCUGAGGACAAAGCUGAAGCAUCAUUUACUCAAAGCGACGGUACUGCAGUGUUAGACAUGAUGUCUUGUUUAGAGCUGUUCUUUUCCUUUUGUCUAUGAAUAUGAAUUGUAAAUAUGCUUCAAAUGUACUAUAUAUAAAUAUAUAUAUGCUUUUGUAGGUCACAUACUGUUUUUGCACAGAUUGUAAGGCUUGAUAUUUAAAAGUGUAAUUUUCCUAUUCCGUCGUAGGUCAGCGUUUAUUUUCAGUACUUUAACCAGUGGUUGGAAAGGAAGGGCCUCCUUUUUCUAAGCAGUACCUGUAGAUUUUCUUUCAUACUGCCACUUUCUUUCUCUCAGAAAGCACUUUUUAUUUGUGAUCUUCAAAUCAUGAAUUUCUCUUUAUUUUCUGAGGACAUAGUCUUAGCUAAAGAGGUGCUAGUGAGUAAAUGUUUUAAAAUAAAUUAUUUUUCUUUUGACAAAAAAAGAAAAAACACAAAAUAUGCCUAUACAAAAAAAGUUGACACAUGAUUGUGUUAGGCUUCUAGGGGCCCGGAUGUCUUACCAGUAUGUGGGGGUUUAUAUUUUCUGAUCCGAACCUCAUGUGUGACUUUUCACUCCUUAGAUUUCUGUGCUUUGGCUUUUGCUGAUUUGAUCCUUCAGCCCCAGAUAUGAGACUUUGGGAAGCAGUCCCACUGUAUAAUUGUCUGUAAGUCUUUUUGGUUUGUUCACAGAUUUUUAAUCCUGAUUGAAGCAACACAGCAAAGCAUUUAAAUCCCCUAAUUGACUGUGUUUCUUUUUUUGACAUUUGAGUUUGCCUUUGUUUUCAUUUUACUUCCUGUGAAGCUUUUGUUUAGAAAUCUACCUUUGAAAACAUGCUCAAUCCAAAGAUUUUUGUUUGUCAAUCUGCAGUGCUUAGAAACAGUUCCUGACGUAGAUCGUGCAAGUACACGUGUGCUUUUACUGUUGCACAUAACCUAUAAUAUACAUUGAAUAAAUAUGUUUAAUUGCAUAUAUUAUAUCCCCAUCCGUAUGACGUAGAGUAGAGAUGAGUCUGGUUCUGCUGAGGUGGUUUGAGUUUUUGUUUGUGAUUGUUUCUUCCUUUCUGUAGAACUUACGGCCAGUUGAAUAGUGGUGCUGCAAACGGUUAUUUCACCAGAGAAUGCUGAGAUUUUCUAAGCUGGAAAGGAGGAUUCAUGAUCGAUGUCAUUAUUUCUCAGAAUAAUAGCUAGAAGUUGUUAGUUUGUUUUUUUUUUUUUUGUUCUUUUUUUAACCCAAUCUCAAUGAAGAAAAUGAAAGAUUGAUCUACAAAUAUUAAAAAAAUGUGUGUGUUUUGCUUUAAAGGAAAGAAACUCAGAGCUAAAGAAAAGACAAGACACAUCUGGGAAACAUAGUCAUUAUUACAGGAUGUAAAAUACUAUUGCAUUUUUUUCUUACCUUGUUUCUUGAUGUUAAUA